GUUUUGAGCCUCAACCUCUAAACUUCCGUCGCGUCUCAUCAAAUAUGCUAAUGCUAUGCUAUCUUUAGGUUCUCAUUCAGCUUCUAUGGGACUCAUCGUAAUGCUGAUGUAGUAUUGUUGCUAGGCUAUUGUUGCUAGGCAUCGAGAUUCUAUAAGUCGAUUAAAUACGCGAAUCCUGUACAACUUUUGCCAUGUCUAAUACAGCACCGUCAAGUGCUGGAGGUGCAUCUGGCAAUAACUUCACCCCCCAACCGCAGCCGUCAACUACGACUCCCGGUGCUGUUAGCAACCCCGCCACUACAUCAGCUUCUACGGCAACUGGCAGUAGCAACCAGAAUCUCAAUCAAAUCGUAAGCCGUAACUUUUCUUUUCAAUUCUUUUCCUUCUUUCAACAAACUUUCACUCUUCAAGGUCACUAUUUCCUUCAAGUUUCGCACCCCAUCUUCGUCACCAGCUUCUUGAAGCAAGCUGUUCCAUCACUACAAACAUUCUUCUCUCAUCUCUUGUAUUUUCCAUUAAUAGGUAAUUACCAAAUUACCACUUAAUGCCUAUUUAUCUCGUGCUAGCCCGCAAUUACAACGCGCGCGCGAACAUACCGGUUUAUUAAAUCUGGAUUAUCAUUCAGACCACUUUCUAUUUACAUUCAUAACCUACCACCAUGUCGAAGCGCCCUGUUCCUCAACUUCCAUUCCGAUUUGACGUUCUGAAGAGGCAUAGAGCUUCCGGUGGGCACAUCCACAUGAGUCAAACUCAUGUACAGACUUCUAAUAUACCAGUACUUACACAAACACCCUUCCCUGAACUAGUUACGGACUACCUCAUUAAGAAAGGGUAUAACCGUACAGAAGAAAUCUUCCGCCAGGAGGUGAAGGAUAUUAACGAGAACGGGAAACCUCGAGAUCAUAUUGAUGCAGUGGCCCCCAACAAGUUCCUUCCCGCAGGAAAGUAUCUGAGGGCAUUCAAACAUUUUGCAAGAUGGGUUGAUAAUGGAGUCGAUCUUUACAAGUUUGAGCUGGGGAAAAUUCUUUGGCCUCUCUUCAUUUACUCCUACCUCCGCUUGGUUAGCCAGGCUUCCUAUACUCAUGCACAGGAACUUAUGGAGCAAAUUCGGAGCCGUUUUGAAAAGACGCAUCAAGAUGAGUUGAAGAGUCUGUCUACCAUAACUCUCUCCAUACACGUCCGGGAGAAUGCGUUCGCCAAGGCGUAUCUAGAGAAUCAGUACGUCAUUCCGAUCAGCAAGUCUCUAACUGGACAUCUAUUCCACUUUUUGGAGCGAGAAUUGGAACAGUGUGGAGCCAUAGUUCUUGAUAUCAUACAACAACACUGUCGUGUUGAUUCCGUGGAUCGGGGCCCUAUCGAGCCGUUUAGCUUCGAAGCUAUUUACCGCCGCGCUCGGCAUCAGGAACUUGACGAAGUCGACAUCCAAGAGGGUAUCCCAGGUGUCUCCAGCCGUAGUGGGCUUUCCAAUCGCAACAUCCUCGACAAUACGGCGGCCCUGAAGCUUGGACCACUCCCGAUAGAUCCCGAUCUCCGAGGUGAUGUUGUUGCUGAGCUGGAAGAAGAGGAUAGGCUUCGUCCACCCCGAGAAGGAUUACCUACAUUAGUAGAAGAAUUCAAUGCCAUGCAUCCUAUUAAGAGAGAAUCGGGCGAUUCUCCACAGCGAACAGAUAUUCCAUACCCUCCGUCAAGAGCGAGGGACGUCGUCAUGGAAAUGCAGAAAGUUCGAGAGAACCGAGAUCGGUUCAGAAUCGAAGGUCGUACCGGUGGUGUAGGCCCUGGUGUUUCAGUUUGCAUGUUUACAUUUCACAAUCAUCUCGGAAGCAUCUCGUGCAUGGACUUCUCGAAAGACCAAGAACUUGUGGCGGUAGGAACGACAGAAUCGUACAUUCGCGUGUGGUCCCUUGACGGCAAAGCUUUGAAGUCUCGUCUGGGGCCUGAGAAGGACAUGAAAGUCAACAACCGCAAGUUGAUCGGCCAUUCUGCUCCCGUCUAUACCGUGGCUUUUUCGGAUGCUGUAGCCAACUUAGAUCGUAAUAUCUAUGAAGACUCGCCCCAGCCGGAGACAGAUACCAAGCUUCUUCUUUCCUGUUCGGCUGAUGGCCAAGUACGAUUGUGGUCUCUCGAGGUUUGGGCCUGCCUUUGCAUUUACAGGGGUCAUGAUGGCCCAGUCUUCUCUCUCUCAUGGAGUCCACAUGGUCACUACUUUGUGACUGGAGGGUGGGAUAAAACCGUUAGAGUUUGGUCGCAAGACCACGCAUCAGCACAGCGUCUCCUCGUCGGCCACGACACCGCCAUCUCAGCCGUGGCAUGGCAUCCUAAUGGUACGUAUGUAUUCUCAGCCUCUGAUGAGACAGACAAAUCGAUCCGCAUGUGGUCUGUGGUUAGUGGCAACUGCGUUCGUAUAUUUACGGGCCAUACCGAAUACAUAUCUGCAAUGGAGUGUGCCCCUAACGGCAAGAUCCUCGCGUCGGCUGAUAUCGGCGGUAACAUCUUUCUAUGGGAUAUAGAUAAGGCCACUCGUAUUAAGCGUUGUCGUGGCCAUGGACGUGGUGGAAUUUGGUCGCUCAGCUUUAGUGUUGAGAGUAAUGUGCUCAUAUCCGGUGGACAGGAUAACACGGUGCGCGUUUGGGAUGUUGAGAUGCCGGCCGAAGGCAGUCGUCCCGCAAACCAACAGGACGGGGAUAGCACAAUUGUUGCGGUAGGUGGACAAGGCGAUAGCAAACAAAGCGGGCAGACAACGCAGCCUGCCGGCGGUGCAGCCGGCGGUACGGGUAAGAGGAAGGGCAAGGACGUCAUGAUCACACCGGACCAGAUCAGCGCAUUUCCGACGAAGAAAACGCCUGUCAUGAAGGUUCAGUUCACCCGUAUGAACCUCGUGUUAGCUGGCGGAUGUUACUAUCCCGAGACUCAAGAUACAGGUCGAUAAAGCCUACACCUCGUUUAUUACCUUAUCGAUCCGGAAUUGUCAAUCCUUUCUCAAUGUGUUAUUGUCUAUAUUUAGGGGCACACGUUCGAUAAGCUGGUUAUCCUGCCAGUUAUCAUAUGACACGAAGCAUGUCCUCUCAACAUGGCGUUAUUAAGUACAGCUCAAUGCUAAGAGUAUGUUGAUUAUAC